AUGAAGUUUGACAUAAAGAAAACUCUUCAAGUACGGUCAGAUCGUGUAAAGGGGAUUGAUUUUCAUCCAACAGAACCAUGGAUUCUUACUACAUUGUUUAGUGGUCGAGUCCAGAUUUAUUCAUAUGAAACUCAGGCCGUUAUUAAAACAAUUGAAGUUAGUGAUCUUCCAGUUCGUGCUGGUCGCUUCAUUGCUCGUAAGAAUUGGAUAGUCGUAGGAUCAGAUGAUUAUCAAAUUCGUGUUUUUAAUUACAAUACCUCUGAAAAGGUUUUUCAAUUUGAAGCACACCCCGAUUACAUUCGAACCAUUGCGAUUCAUCCUACUCAGCCAAUUAUUUUAUCUGCUGGCGAUGAUAUGACUAUAAAGAUGUGGAAUUGGGAAAUGAAUUGGAAACUUUUGCGCACUUUUGAGAGCCAUACUCAUUAUGUUAUGUAUGUUGCAUUUAAUCCUAAAGAUCCUAACACAUUUGCAUCGGCUUGUCUUGAUGGCACUGUGAAGAUUUGGUCCCUAGGAUCUUCGACGCCUAAUCUCACAUUUUUGGCUCAUGAAACGCGCGGUGUCAACUUUGUCGAAUAUUACCCACACCCAGAUAAGCCAUACUUAAUAACUUCUUCAGAUGAUAAGACUAUACGUGUAUGGGAUUAUCAAAUGAAAAGUAACGUUGCAACUUUAGAAGGGCAUACUAGCAAUGUUUCUUUUGCCAUUUUCCAUCCUGAGCUCCCAAUUAUUAUUUCGGGCUCCGAGGAUCGUUCAGUAUCAAUUUGGAAUUCGAAUACCUUUAAGUUAGAGCAAACCUUAAAUUAUGGUUUAAGCAGGGCUUGGUGUGUGACUUGCCGAAAAGGUUCAAAUUACGUUGGUUUGGGUUUUGAUGGUGGUGUUGUCGUUUUACAAAUGGGUAAAGAUGAACCUACUAUUUCUAUGGAUCCCACUGGAAAAAUCGUAUGGUCGAAGCAUUCGGAGGUAUUCAGUAGUGUUGUAAAACACUCAGAAGAAUUGAAAGAUGGAGAUUUGUUAACCCUUGCACAAAAAGACUUAGGAUCUGUCGAAGUUUUUCCAACACAACUUAUUCAUUCCCCCAACGGACGUUUUGUUGCUGUGACUGGCGAUGGUGAAUAUAUCAUUUAUACAGCCUUAGCAUGGCGUAACAAAUCCUUUGGUUCGGCUGUUGAUUUUGUUUGGGCUCAAGAUAAUAAUGAAUAUGCGGUUCGCAAUUCUAAUAACCAAGUUCAACUUUUUAAGAACUUUAAAGAACGGUCUGAUGCUUUGAAUGUUCCUUUUAAACCCACGAAGCUUUUUGGGGGGUCAUUGAUUGGAUGUAAAAGUGAUGAUUUCGUCUCAUUUUAUGAUUGGGAGACCGGCAGAUUGGUUAGAAGAGUUGACGUCGAUGCUCAACAAGUAUUUUGGUCUGAAGCUGGAGAUCUCGUUGCUAUCACUUCGGAAGAUACAUUCUAUGUGUUGAAGUAUGAUCGUGAUUUAUUCCUUGAAUCACUUAACAAUGGGACUUAUGAAGACGAUUCUGGAGCCGAAGAUUCUUUUGAUCUUAUCUAUGAUAUUUCAGAAUCUGUUAGAACAGGAAAAUGGGUCGGAGAUUGUUUUCUUUAUACUACGACCUCUAAUAAACUUAAUUACCUGGUUGGUGGGGAGGCAUACACCAUUAGUCAUUUCGAUAAACAAAUGUACUUACUUGGCUAUAUUCCCCGAGAUAAUGCCGUUUAUUUGGCUGAUAAGGAUGUCAAUGUCACUUCUUAUCAUUUUUCUCUUAAAGUACUCGAAUACCAAACUUUGAUUUUAAGAGGAGAUAUGGAUCUAGCCAGCGAAGUUUUGGAAGAUAUUCCUGAAACUGAAAAGACAAAAGUAGCCAGAUUCCUGGAAGCUCAGGGAUAUCCUGAAAUUGCUCUUGAAGUUUCUGAGGAUCCUGAGCAGCGGUUUGAUUUGGCCAUUACGUUGGGUAAUUUGAAAAUUGCUCAAAAAAUUGCUGCAGAUGUUAAUAACUCUCAUAAAUGGAAGUUACUUGGAGAUGCUGCCUUGAAGUCGUGGAAUGUUACAUUAGCUGAAGAAUGCUUUAAGCAAGCCAAUGAUUUAGAAUCGUUACUUUUGAUUUAUACUAGCACCGGAAAUAACGUGGCUCUCAAAGACGUUGCUAUGCAAGCAACAGAUCUUGGUAAAUAUAAUGUGGCUUUUAAUGCAUUAUGGUAUGUCCAGGACAUAGAUAAGUGUGUUAAACUUCUGAAUAAGACAAAUAGAAGUCCCGAGGCUGCUUUGUUAGCACUGAGCUAUGGUGGUGAUAUCAGUAAGUCUGUUGAUCUUUGGAAAAAGCAACUUGUAGCAUCCGGAAAGCAAAAGACUGCCGCUGUUAUCAUUUCGCCUGAGGACAGUCCUGAUAAGUUCCCUACCAGCCAAGUACAAUCAUUGGGUAACGGAUCAAAUGAAGGUGAUUUGAUUGAUAUUAAUGAGGCUGUCACAGAACCAGAAUCUUCAAAUGUCACCGAAGAGAACUCAGUAUCUCAACAGGUUAUAUCUGAAGAAUAA